CAUAUUUAAAGAAUUUGAAAGUGCAGCAAAAAUGGUCGUAAGUAACGAAGAACCUACAACUCCAUUGGAGUAUGUCCCCGAAGAAUUAGAACCAGCACCUGGCGAAGAACUUGGAGAACUUUUGCAGCACUUGGAAGAUUAUACGCCAACGGUACCCGAUGCUUUAGCUGAAAAAUAUUUACAUAGUGCAGGCUUUGAGGCAGUGGAUCCACGUAUUGUGCGCAUUAUAUCGGUGACCGCACAAAAAUUUAUAUCAGACAUUGCAAAUGAUGCGUUGCAGCACUGUAAGACACGGAGCAAUAGUCAGCACUCUGGAAGCCAUGGUUCGAAUAAGGACAAAAAGACAAAUAAAGAUCGAAAAUAUACCCUGGCUAUUGAAGAUUUGACACCAGCUUUGGCAGAUCAUGGCAUAACUAUGAGAAAACCACAAUAUUUUGUUUAAAUAUAAUUUCAGGCCUAUCGCUACGUGGUGACUUAAAGAGUUCUAAUAUUAUUAUAAGUUUAUUUGACAUUUUUUAUGAAUAAAGAAUACACCCGUGUAAUAGGAGUUUUCUGAAAUACUUAUA